AAUGAAUUUGGUGUCCACGUGGCACUAACCUUUGUGGCCCCUCUGAGAAAGAGGAAGUUGGCCGUUUCCUCGCAGAGGCCACUCACCAAGUUCCAACAAAAUAGCACCGGUGGCUUUUGGAGUCUGGAAACUGCGCAAUAUUCAGAGAAUUUUGUGCAAAUAGCCCUGCUCUCUCUCUCUCUCCUCUCUCUCUCUCUUCUCAUACUUGGAAGGAAAGGAGACAGUCCGGAGCACAUCUGAAAUAAAAGGACUUUCCCGAUAUUUUCCAGGAUUUCAACAGAUAAGUAAAGAAAGGAAUCCGUGAGAGCUCUUACCAGAAAGUGCUAGUGAUCCGUUUCUCAAUUAGGCAUUCCUUGCACGCUUAAAAUUGAGACACAGUCCUUAUCAUAACGUCAGAUAUGGGUAUCACAGCCUGGGAUGUGGGCAUGUCUUUGUCCAUCUGAUAUAGUGAUAUCGAGAGAGAGAGAGAGAGAGAGAGAGAGAGAGAGAGAGAGUCCAAGUUGAUUCUGUGCCCACAAAAGCGAAAGGGAAAUUAGCUUUUGGUUAGUACUGCAGUUAAUCAGAGCAAAUACGGAAAAAAACAGAACUGAUUUUCCUACCUGGAGAAGGCAUAAAAAGGGUGUUCUCGAAUCUUUUGUACACAGGGGAAUGCUCAAAGAAAGAAAAUGGAUUUCUGGCCUGAGUUUCUCGCGAGCAGUUGGGGCAAAGAAUUUGUGGCAGGAGGAUUCGGUGGGAUAGCCGGAAUAUUCGCCGGCUAUCCGCUCGAUACCCUCAGAGUCCGGCAACAACAGCACUCUAGUACCGGCUCCGCCUUCACCAUCCUCCGCAACGUGGUGGCGAGCCAGGGUCCCCUUGGUCUUUACAGGGGCAUGGGUGCACCCCUGGCCUCUGUCACUUUUCAGAACGCCAUGGUUUUCCAGAUCUACGCGGUCCUAUCACGGGCGUUCGACUCAUCAACACUCGCCACAGAUCCUCCUUCCCUCAAAGGAGUUGCCAUAGGAGGAUUCGGAACAGGAGCCAUACAAAGCCUAAUCCUCUCACCUGUCGAACUAUUAAAAGUCCGCCUCCAACUGCAGAGCGCAAGCCAUGAAAAUACCCAACUAGCGACUACCCACAGAGGUCCAGUAAGCGUGGCAACACAGCUGGUGAAUACCCACAGAGGUCCAGUAAGCGUGGCUAGAAGCAUAAUUCAUACAGAAGGGUUGAAGGGAAUAUACAGAGGCCUAACAAUCACAGUGCUGAGGGAUGCACCAGCUCAUGGGAUUUACUUCAGUACGUAUGAGUAUAUGAGGGAAAAACUUCACCCAGGAUGUCGGACAAGUGGCCAAGAGAGUUUUAAAACAAUGCUUGUUGCCGGAGGACUAGCAGGAGUUGCUAGCUGGAUUUUAAGCUACCCUUUGGAUGUGGUGAAAACACGACUUCAGGCUCAGUCGCAAUCUACCUCGCCGAAAUAUGGGGGGAUUAUUGAUUGCUUUUCCAAGAGUGUGAGGGAAGAGGGGUACGCGGUGCUGUGGCGAGGACUAGGAACUGCACUUGCUAGAGCUUUCAUUGUCAAUGGGGCUAUUUUCACCGCUUAUGAAACAGCUCUGAGAUUUUUUUCUAACGGCAACCAUGAAAGCAUUCAAACAGAUGACGCUAUUUGAUAAGCAAUUCGGUGUCUGUACCCAUCAGCAGUCUAUUGGCAGUAAGUUGAGAAAAUAGUUCUAUAGUGAUUAUUGAGAAUGGCAAUACUAUAUGAAUAAACUGAAAAUUACUGGCUUAUUAUGCCAUUCCUCUUGAAAUAUAGGCAUCUUUUAGUUC